ACACCUAAUAAAACAACAUUAUGGGUCUCUCUGUUCUUAGUUUUGUUUUUCUCCGAGUUUGGGAGGAACCACUAACAAGCCGACUAGCAAAAGUUGAGAAUAAGAAAACAGAGUGUAGUCCUCUGCUUUGGGUGCAUGCUGGGCUUACAAGAGACCCAUUAAAAGUUUGCAACUCUCACUCUCCCCGUCUAUAAUCAUAGAACAAAGAGUCUCAUACAGAUUUUAGUUCUAGAGAGCGUGCAUGAUCUUGUAGAAGCUAGCAUUAUGAGGUAGCUUUUGUGCUGGGAGAGAGAGAGCUCAAAAAGGGACAAAUUCUGCAACUUUGAAUUCUCUCUCUAAAAACAGAGGAUUUAUGUCGUCUGGGUUUGAUCUAUUGACUGGAGCUCCAAAAAAGCUCUGCCUCUGGCUUUCAUCACACACACUCUGCAUCAGUAUCUGCCUUUUCAAUUCUUUUUACAUGAAAACUUGGUCUCUUCAACAGAACUUUUUGAUCAUUUCUAUACGAUUAAGGUCAAAACGGAAUUACAGUUGGGUUCAUUGCUUUAAGGACUCCUUAGGAAAACGUUUCUUGUUUCCAAUUUUGGGUUUUAGGGGUUUUUGGGUUUUAGUUUUUUCUUGAUACUCAAGUUUUUAGAUUUGCUUUCUUUCUUUCUUUCAAUUGUUUUUUUCCAUUUCUCUCAUUUAUCUACCAAUUUUAAAUUUCACAAAAUGCCAGGCCUUCAAAGGCCAAUUUUGGAUCAAGAUAGGAUUUUUGAUCAAGAGAAGCAAAAGAAACCAGCCAUGGAAAGCAACAUGAAAGCUUCUAGGAAAGUUCGAAUAAUAUGUCAUGAUCCUGAGGCCACAGACUCUUCAAGUGAUGAAGAUGAAGAAUACUUUGAUCGGUGUAAUCGUUGGAAGCAAUUCAUUAGGGAGAUCACCCUCCCAGUUUUCCCAUCCAAGUCCAUUCUUGAGGGUCCUUCACAAGACAAAACUGGUGUAUGCAAAAGCAAUAUUAUCAUUUCUAAUUCUCUUGAUAAUAUUAGACCUCGGAGAUCAUCAGCAAUCUAUAAAGGUGUUCGAAGAAGACCAUGGGGGAAAUAUUCAGCCGAGAUUAGGGAUCCAUUUCUAAAGAUUCGUUUAUGGCUCGGGACUUAUACGACUGCGGAAGAAGCUGCUGCUGCUUAUAAGAAAAAGAAGGAAGAGUUCGACAGCAAAAUGGCAUUGGAGAGAGCUAAUAAUUUGCAUGUUGAUACAAAGGUAGUAUCUGAAGAAUUCGAUGGCUUAUGUUCUCAUCCGUCUCCAUUGUCUGUGCUUGAUGUCUCUACCAUGACCUCACUUGGUCAUGGGCUUGAAAGCAAUGUGGAAAUGGUGGCCAAAGAGUGUAAUAUGGAAAGUUCAAUCAAAGAAGAAAGCUGUGUAGAAAUGAUUGAAGACGGCUCCGAAGAAGUGCAAUGCAUUUCGGAUUUAUGGGAAGAGCGAACGUUAUCACCAUCAGUUAGUCAAGAGUUGCUUGGUUUUGAUCAACAGUCUCAAUUUGGGCAGUUUUUUGAUGGUUUCAUUAAUGGAGAAGGUUUUUCUAUGUGCGAUAACACUGAGCCAGUCAGUUCUCCUAUGGAUGGGGUGAUGGAUCUUCCGGACAUUGAACUUGAGACGCUUGCUUUUGUUGAGGAAACUCUCAAUUUUGCUCACCAAUAAUGUUUGUAGUUGUUACUCAUUUCAGGUGCAUUUUUAGCGUAUAUCAUAAAAUAAAAUAGUGAGGAAGGGAGUUCUUGGGUUUUUGCUUGAGAGCCUUUCGCAACUCUCUGAGAGAGAUGCUCCAUUUACGAGUAGCCACUGCUACCUUCUUGUUGAGAAUCUGAAUAUUCAAAAAAAAAAAAAAAAAAAACAAAUCUUUCAAGUCCAA